AUGUACCUCUGGCUGGUGAUCGUCCUGGUAGCUGUCCUGCUGUCGGCCUGGAGGUCGACCAAGCGACCAGCCUGGAGUCCACACGGACCUCCACUGAUGCCAUGGGUGGGAAAUCUCUUCUCCAUGGGCUUGAAGCACGCCUACCACUACCGCACCUAUGCUGAUUGGGCCAUGGCGUAUGGUGCUAUCUAUCAUGUCAAGAUUGGCGUCAUGCACCAGGUCGUCAUAAGCGACCCCGAGGUGAUCCGAGAAGCCUUCAGCCGACCUGAGCUCAACGGUCGACCAGACAUUGAAUUGCUCCAGUUCGUAGUGAGAGGAACGGGGCUUGCUUCUUCACAGGGUGAGCUAUGGCAAGAGUCUAGACGUCUCACACUUCGUCACCUGCGGAACUUGGGGAUGGGCAAGUCCAAGCUGGAAGAGUACAUGCAUUACCAGAUCACCAGCUACAUGGAUGAGAUUCUGGUGCCGAAUUGCGGAUCUGAGCUUGCCCUUGGCACGUCUCUAAACGUCGCCGUGAUAAACAUCCUCUGGAAGUUGGUCGCGUCGGAGGAGCUAAGCCUCACGGACUCCAAGGUCCUGGACACCGUCACCAAGCUUUCAGAAAUCCUCGAGUUUGCCCAGGGCUUAGUAAUUCUUGAUGUGGUUCCAUGGCUUAGCGACGUGCUGCCAAGCUUUGUCUUUAACAAGAGAAAUGUUGAGAUCGAAUUUGAGAGCAUAGUUGAAGAUACGUUCAUGCCCUCUAUCAAGAAACAUCGGGACGAUCUUGACGUGUCCAGCGAGCCUCGCGACUACAUGGAGGCCAUGCUUCAGGAGCAGCAGAAACGACCAGACCUGUUGACCGACUGGCACCUCCUCAUGUCAGUGAUGGACCUUUUCAUCGCCGGCAAUGAGACGACGGCCACAACGCUGCGCUGGGCCUUCUGCCUGCUGUGUAACCAUCCGGAGGUACAGCGGCGUCUGCAGGCCGAGCUGGACGACCAGGUGGGCCGGCAGCGGCUGCCGUCCCUCUCGGACAGGUCACGUCUUCCGUACGUCGAGGCCGUGCUGCUGGAGACGCUGCGACUAGCUGACAUCGCGCCCCUGCUGCUGAUGCACCAGUCGCUGGCGCCUGUUGACGUCGGGCGACACCGGCUGCCGGCCGGUGUCCAGGUCGUGGCUAACGUGCACAGCGUGCACCACAGCGAGCGGCUGUUCCCAGGGCCGCUGCAGUUCCGACCCGAGCGUUUCCUGGACGCCGACGGCAAGUUCCAGCCGGACAAGAACGUCAUGCCGUUCUCAGUGGGCAAGCGACAGUGCAUGGGCGAAGGCAUGGCGCGAACAGAGCUGUUUCUUUUUCUUACCUGCUUCAUGCAGAACUUUACCUUCCGCUGGCCAGAGGGGUUCAUGCACGACUUGGGCGUAGAUUUGAAAUGCACGAUCCUUCGCAGUCCCAAGCCGUACAAGCUCAUACCAGAACAGCGCUGA